GGUGGGUUCCGGUUUUGAAGCGGUUCGAGGCAUCAACCCCUUGUCCCCGGAGAGAAACGGCUGCUGGCGUCCUGGGGCUGCGGUUCCAGCCAGAAAGAGACGGCACAGGAGAUCUUGCUUGAAGCAUUCGUAAGCUUUUGCACAGCUAUGAUGGCAUCUCCUUGGUCCAUCCAGGCCAACAAGGACCAGGAUGAACUUUUGGAAAUAAAGAUAGAGGAAGAGGAGGUGGAGGAGGAAAAUAAGUAUACCGCCAGACAGGAUCAGAACCUGCAAAAGAACACCACCCACAGCAGGGAGGUCUUCCGACAGUACUUCAGGCAGUUCUGCUACCAGGAAACAUCUGGACCCCGUGAGGCUUUGAGCCAACUCCGGGAACUUUGCCAUCAGUGGCUGAGGCCAGAGACCCACACAAAAGAGCAGAUUCUGGAACUGCUGGUGUUGGAGCAAUUCCUAACCAUCCUGCCCGAGGAGCUCCAAGCUUGGGUCCAGGAACAGCAUCCACAGAGUGGGGAAGAGGUGGUGACUGUGCUGGAGGAUUUAGAGAGAGAGUUGGAUGAGCCAGGAUAUCAGGUCUCAGUCCACACUGAGGAACAGGAAAUGUUCUUGCAGGAGAUGGUAGCUCUAAGAACAGAACAAGAACCCAGAAUGUCCCUCCCGUCUGUGAAAGCCCAGCUAAAGUGUGAAUCUCCAGAACUUGAAUCCCAGAAGAAGCAAGUUUCAGGUGUUGAGACUGGAAAUGAGUAUAGGAAUUUAACUCUAAAGCAAGAAGUUUCUGAAGAAAUGAAACCAUAUGGGAAUAUAUCUAGCAAAUUUGAAAAUAAAAUGUCUCAGUCAGCUAGGUAUGAAAAAACUUAUGAACCUGAAGAAAAAAUAGGAGAGCCUUCUGGAUACUCCCGGGAAGAUAAACAACAUACAUGUGAUGAAAAUGGAGUAAGUUUGACUGAGAACUCAGACCUUUCUGAACACCAGAGAGUCUCUCCAGGAGAAAAGCCUUACGAAUGUGAUGACUGUGGAAGAGCUUUCAGUCAACACUCAUGCUUCGUAGAACAUCAGAGGAUCCAUACUGGAGACAGGCCCUACAAAUGUGAAGAAUGUGGAAAAACUUUCCGUGGGAGAACUGUGCUUAUUCGACACAAAAUAAUACACACGGGAGAGAAACCAUAUAAAUGUAAUGAGUGUGGCAAAGCCUUUGGCCGGUGGUCAGCUCUUAAUCAACAUCAGAGACUUCACACAGGAGAGAAACACUACCACUGUAAUGAAUGUGGCAAAACCUUUAGCCAGAAAGCAGGUCUCUUUCACCAUCUCAAAAUCCACACAAGAGACAAACCUUAUCAUUGUACUCAGUGUAAUAAAAGUUUUAGUCGGCGUUCAAUUCUUACCCAGCAUCAAGGAGUCCAUACUGGGGCAAAGCCCUAUGAGUGCAGCGAGUGUGGAAAGGCCUUUGUUUAUAACUCCUCCCUUGUUUCCCAUCAGGAGAUCCACCACAAAGAAAAAUGCUAUCAGUGUAAGGAAUGUGGGAAGUCCUUCAGUCAGAGUGGCCUUAUUCAGCAUCAGAGAAUCCACACUGGGGAGAAACCCUACAAAUGUGAUGUAUGUGGAAAAGCCUUUAUUCAGAGGACAAGUCUUAUAGAACAUCAACGAAUUCACACUGGAGAGAGACCCUAUAAAUGUGAUAAGUGUGGAAAGGCUUUCACUCAAAGAUCAGUCCUCACGGAACAUCAGAGAAUCCACACCGGAGAGAGGCCCUACAAAUGCGAUGAGUGUGGGAAUGCCUUCCGAGGAAUCACCAGUCUCAUUCAGCAUCAGAGAAUCCACACUGGGGAGAAACCCUACCAAUGUGACGAAUGUGGCAAAGCCUUCAGACAGAGGUCAGAUCUUAGUAAACACCAGAGAAUCCAUAAUAGAGGUGGUCCCUAUAAAUGUAAAGAGUGUGGGGAGUCGUUUAGGCAGAACUCAGCUCUUACUCAACAUCAGACUACCCACAAAGGAGAAAAAUCUGGUUCUGUGUGAAGACUGCAGGGAAGCUGUCUCACAGAGUGAAGGCUGGAGGGAAAUACUAGCUUUGAGAUGAUUUAGGACAAAAUGUUAGUCACUAUUGCUGUAAGGUAACUUUGGAUAUUUCAUAAAAAAUACACUCUGCUGCCCAUUUCAUUAGGUGCUGUGGAGAACCAGGAGCAUAACACCAGAUUCCUUUUCUCAAAAAGAGUUUACAACCUAGUUUGGGAUGUAUAAGGUCUACCUGUUUAGUCAAGACUAUAGGACAAUAGAAUUGAUGCUCAAAGUAGUUUAGAAUUAAAGUGGCACUUGGCAAGCUAUAAAUUCUGAAGGACAGAUCACUGUUUCCUGAAGUGGUCAGGAAAGACUUUAAGAUAAAGGUUUGAUGGGGAUAUUUGGAAGGCAAAAGGGAGAAAACAUUUAGGGUAGAACAAAUGUAAGCAGAGUGCAUGUAGUUUGGAAGCAUCAAUGACAAGACUAGCCAACCUAAAGUAGAGAGUUCAUGCCAGUUGGGCAGUUGAUGGCACUACGUUGGAAACAUAGCUUGAGGACAGACUCUGGGAGGGUUAGGAUGCCAAUAAUUUCACCUAAUACUUUGACACAAAGCACUUUUCUCAUUGAAUUCCUAAAAUAUUUCUAUAAAUUAAAAUCAUUCUCCAUUUUAAAAAUGAGGAUACUCUUGCUUAUGGAGAUGGUGACAUAGCUACAAUAUCACACAAAGGAAAAGACAGCAGCUUAAGUGCAGUUUUGUGACUUCAAGUCCUGUUCGUUACACUAGUGAUUCCUCAACAUCAGUGAACAUCAGAAUCACCUGUGGAGCUUGUUUAACAUACCUGAGUCCCAGUCACAGAUACUAUGCUUCAUUAGGUCUGAGAUGGGGAUUGAGAAUCUUCAUUUUUAUAGCUCCACAGUCACCUGAUGUACUCUAAAUUUUGAGAAACAUUGCGCUGAAUCACUGCUACCUUCGUGGUUGCCAGUGAAGUGAGGAAGCAUGAACACAGGCCGCUGCAGAAUUUUAGCAUGAGGAAAGCCCUUCAGGGGACAUAAGCCACCAGCUCUUUACAAUGAACAGGGAAUUAGACCACCAUUAUGCCUAAAAACUAGGUCUUCGAGAUGGCCUUUCUGUUCCUUCAAAUUUAAAUGUUUCAAAAAAGACCUAUAUUCCAAGGCUCCCAAGGUUCUUCUGAGUGCAAGGCUUGUGUGUGUGUGUGUGUGUGUGUGUGUGUGUGUGUGUGUGUGUGUUUAGGGGCGGGGUGCUGGUGUUCUUCCCUGUUUACACUUCCCUUUUUUCCCACCUCUGUAGUUACCAUUGUGUUCUGAAUCCCCUAAUAAUUUCUUGUGAGAACUGGCUUAUAAUUUUUGGUUUAUAUACCUUCUUGAGCACAUAAAAGAGCCAAAGAUUAGUGAUUCUUUGCCUUGGGGCUUCAGAAAAAAACAAAUCAACCAAAAACUCGUUGACAUUACCCCUAUAUUACUGAGUAAACAAUUCUGUUUUUGAUGAGAACCUGUGAUGAUCAUUGUAGUGGAUAGCAGGCAAGCCACAAAGAAGUACACACAGCUCCUGGUCUGCUUAUCUUUUUAUUUACAGAAGUCAUAUUUGAUCUCUACUGAGAUGUCCUUUUAUUUCUUUCCCUUUCUACAUUGCCACAGCAAACUCCACAAUUUCUAGGACUGCCUUCCCACCUCACCCCACACAACUUCAGUCCCCUCAUCUCCCUUCACCUCUAGCUGGUCAGUGGGUUUGAAGUGGUAGGAUAGUGACAAAAGAGGAAGGAGAGGAAAAAGAAGGGUAAUCACCAUUCUUUAACUAUUCCUAACUACCUUUCUGCCCAGCCCUGUCUUUAUCCCGUCUCUCCACUCCUAUAAUAUACCCUACCCCUAUUUCCCUAGCACCCUAGUCUCUUGCCCCUCUGUCCGUAAUCCCUAUAUAGGACAUAGGAAUAUCACUGGCUUGGAACUAGAAGAGUCCCUAGUCCUAUAGAAAUAUAUAUGUUCCUAGCUUUCUAAAUUGUAAUUGUGAAAACAUUUUCCCAUGAAAAUAAUAAUGGUGUUAGUGCUAUAACUUAGGCAUAUUAUGUGUCACAUUGGCUUUUGGGAUUAGAUUUACAUUGACUGUGGGAAAACUUUCUGAGUUCACAACAUAGGAAAGCAAAUGAACAUUUAAAAAACAGCUCAUUCAAAGUUGAGGACUGCUUAGGCUUUUUCAUAAGACCAACACUGGAGUUGUGCACCAGGCAUUGAGGCAGCUAGGAUUGGAAACCUAAAUUUUUUUUUAUGUCCAGGAAACAAACAAGGAUCCUAGAACUGAGCCUUGAGAGCUCUGUAGCUUUAAGUAUAUGAGGCCUAUUCCCUACCUAAGGUUACCCUGUCUCAAAUUUCUCUCAUGUAAAUUCGUCUCUUUGGAGGGGACUUGACUUAGUAACAAGAGCUUUCAUGAGAACAUCUCUUUACCAAACUGAUGCUGUCCAUACUUGUCAUCUAAUCUGAUUUCACAAACAUGUUUUCCAAACUGAAAUUGCUCUUCAUAAUGUCAGAGCCUCUCUCUUUAAUCUGACUGCUGAAUGGAAUACAAUCCUUAUUUUAAACAUGCUGUCUACUCUCUAUGCUGUUACUUGCAGUCUCUCCAGUUCAGCUUCUGCUUAACAUGUUCUGUCAGUGUACACAGGUUCCUCCAUUUGCCUAUA